AUGUCGGCGUGUCUCGGAUGGGCGCUGCAUCGACGAGGAGGCCACGCCUGGUGGUUGGAGUCGCCACGCCCCUACUUCGCCUCCACCACGCCCACCAACCUCACCGUCGUGUCGGGACAGACGGCUUACCUGCCUUGUCGGGUGCACAUGCUCGGGGAGAAGUCGGUGACGUGGAUGAGAGGGAGGGACCUGCACAUCCUGACCGUGGGCGAACUCACCUAUUCUGCCGACGAGCGGUUCCAGGUCCUCCACACGCCCGAGACGGAGGGACUGGACGCUGCAGGUGAGUGCCACGCGACCCUGGGACUCCGGGACCUACAAGUGCCAAGUCAACUCACAUCCCAAGAUCUUCAAAGACGUCAAUCUCAGCGUCAUGGACGUCGGCUGGACAACAGGCUGUACAGACUGCCUGCAGCUGAUCCUGAACACGGGGAAUACGCCACUCGCAUCGUAGGGGAGUCGUCUCGCUACCUCCAAGCGGGGUCGUCACUAGCGCUAGAAUGCGUCGUCACCCACACCCACGACCCCCCGCCUGCCCUCCUCUGGUUCCGUCAGCAGCGCCUUCUGGACUACGACUCUCCCAGGGGCGGGAUCGCUAUUAUGCUGGAAAAGACGCGGGAAAGGACGACAUCGCGGCUCAUGAUGUCCGCUGUACAGGUGUCCGAUUCUGGAAAUUACACCUGUGUGCCGAUUCGAGCGCCCCCGGCAUCUGUGUCCGUGCACGUGACCACAGGUGAGAGGAGGCAGGAUAAUGUGUGGCCGCGGUGUUCGGCCAGCUGGUGCCUGGCCCAGAAGGUCAAUCCUGCGUGUGAUCCUGGGUCAGGGUCCGCUACCAUAUUACAGGCCCAGGGUCAGUGUUCACUUGUUCAGGGGAGUGAACGAAAAACCGUUGUCGCUUCACGUGAUGGCUUCAGCUCUCUUCACGAGGCUGGACUUCAAGUCAGGCUCUUCAUUAUGGACCAAAUUACAGCCUUAUAG